UUAUAUGUUAUUAAUUUUCUUCCGAUACGUGUAACGCGUGUAAUAAUAUUAUAAUUUUUGUUAAAAUAGUGUGCAUUGAAUUAUAAUAUAUAUUAAAGUGUGAAUCAUGAACGCAAAUAUGAUUUAUCGAAUUGCCAUUUGGAUUUGCGUCAUCGCGAAUUUUGCAUCUGGAAAUGUACAGAGUAAAGUGCGAUGCUUCAAGGACAGGAUGGAGGUCGACGUAACGCGUAGCAGCCCACAGGCGACGAUUUACCUCGAGAAUCUGAAGAACUAUCCAGAUGAAGCUUGCAAACCGAAGUUGAGCGAUGGGGUUGCCACUUUCAAAUUAUCGCUCAUCCCCGAGGAAAUGUUACGCUGCGGUCUGACGAGGGUUUUAAAUAAAAUGACGGGGAAGAAGGUCUACUAUCACAGAAUAAUCGUGGAGGAACCAACCGAUUCGAGCAAGCACACGUUCACCGUUAAAUGCGGAAUCACCGAAGUGACAGUACCUCUUAAAUCGGUGAAAUCCGGCCUGAACUUGACGCCGAAUCGAACGAUUUUACACCGUAGAAGUUUACCCGACGAUUUCGAAGAGUCCGAGGUCAUCGGGACGAUCGAAGACGUCCUGGGAACGGCACCGACGCCAACUCUCAGCGUUGGUGUUCGUCAGGGCGGCAAUCUGGUUACCGGCGAACUUCACGUCAGUCCGGGAACUCCCUUGCAGAUGGAGAUCUAUCUGGACACGAUCUCUGCUCCGACAUACGGAAUUCUGACAACUUACAUGCAAGUAUCGGACAUGAGAACUCAGGAGGAAACCAUCAUCUUCAACGGGUGUUCGGUAGAUCCUUAUCUGUUCGAUAACUUCGACACUGUCGACGGUGACUUUUUGACGGCGAAAUUUCGAGCUUUCAAAUUUCCGGAAAGUACUUACGUGCAAUUUCGAGGGACGGUAAACGUUUGCGUUGACAAAUGCGAGGGGAUCGAAUGCAGCAACGGGCGGCUCGGAUAUGGCAGAAAACGGCGCUCGGUUUCGCCUCCUAACGGUGACAAGAAUAAUCUGUUCGAGGUGACGAUGUCGACGUUCAUAAAAGUCGACUUUGAAGAAGGCACUGAGGUUGAAAAAGCAUUGCUGGCGUUUGUUUUGAAAGGUAACAACGUUACUGCGUCCCAAGAAACGGCGGAACGGCCUGGAUCAGCGGAAUCGGCUGCAGCUGUACAUCCAAAAAACGAGAUUCGCGAACAGUAUGAAUACAAGGUUGUGGAAAUGGAGACUGCAGCGACGGUGAACGCCGCUUUUUCAAUUACUGCGUCGGGAUAUUUAAAAUCAGCUAGUAUUUUAUUCGUCUUAUUCUGUAUAUUAAUCUGAUCCAUUCGCGUGAGCUCUAUCAUAAACGAUAAAUAUAAGAGAAGAUCGUUGAAUCGAUAAAACGUUGCACGAGAGACGAAAGAAGAAGAAAAAU